UAUGGGCGCCGCUAAUGGAAAGCAAACAACCGACGAUUUUCAAUUAGUAGUACAAUCAGAUGAGAUUGACAUAGCGACUUCAACAACUACUCGAAAGGAGAAGUUAUUCUUUAAAGAAAACUAUGGAAAAGUUGAUGAAAUUUCUAAGAGAAUAGCAAAAAAUUUCAAUAUUUAUCAACACAGAUCUAGAUUAAAUAUAAUAGAGGAGAUUAAAGAAAAAUGUAUAGACGAUAUCGGAUUAAUACGUGGAUUAUUUAUGCUAUUAGCAUCAUUUGAUUUUACUAUUGUUCAUAAAAAUGAGGAAGUAUUCGACGAAGAUAGCUUUGGACGUUUAAUACUUAAUAUUCAUUAUAAUUUUCUUAAUUUUGCGCAUGGAUUCCAUCUUCUUUAUAGUGAAGCUAAGCAUUUAUUCGAAAAUCGUAUAAAGUGUAAAAUCAUUUCGGGUAUUACUAAAAAUAAAAAAUAUCAACUGGGUAAACCACUUAUCGAUGCUGAAUUGUCUACUCAAUGGAAUGCUGUAUUAAUACCCACCGUUAAUGAUGAGAUGGAAUGGUUUUUUAUAGAUAUUGAAUGGGCUUCCAUUAAAAACACUAAGAAAGAGGUAGUUAAUGAAUAUUUCUUUCUUACCAACCCUGAUUGUUUAAUUAGUACUCACUUUCCUUUUGAAUAUCAAUGGCAACUUCUUCAACAUGUAGUUCCAAGGGAAACGUUUCAGAAUUAUCUUUAUAUUAGAGAAAGAUUCUACGAUCUCGGUUUAAAAAUAAAAGAAGGAGAUGGAUAUCAUAGAAAUUGCGUAUUGAAAUCAAAAAAUGGAAGAAUAGUAGUAAAACUUGGUCUUCCUAAAUACGGGAAAUUUAUUUAUACAAGUUGUAAGAUUUUUAAACUACCAACUUUCGAUUCUUCGUCAUGCAUCCUAAGUCAAGAAAGAGAUGGCGAUACUAUUAACAUAACUAUAGCAUUUAUUGCUAAAUCAGCUCAUCCCUAUCGUCUAGAUAUCUAUGGUUUAGAUUUUAGAAGACAUUCGAAUUAUGAAUUAUGCUGUAGUUAUCUGCUAUUUGGGGAAAAUAUAGAUAAAAAUCAACUUGACUGGCCGGAUAAUCCUGACAUUGGUUAUGGAUUUCGUUUAGAGAGUAGAGCAUUAGGCCUAAUCCCCGAGAAGAAUUAUUUCUCUGAAAUAAAAACAAAUAAUAAAGUGUUAAUGAAAUUUUCAAUGCACGAAGUAAUUCAUACUUUAGUACAACUAAGACAUAGGCAAUAUAAACCUCACGAACUAUCUAGAUUCAUAUUAGCUCUAGAAUGGAAGGGAAGAUUAGAAAUUGCAUUUAGAUUACCCGAAAAGGGUACUUAUGCUCUAAAAGUCUAUGGCUAUGAAAAGGAAGACACGCUGUUAAAUUUAGAAGAUUCCAAUAUGACUGAAAAGAGAAAGAAGGAAUUAAUCAAUAUACCUAACAUAUUAAACUAUAGAUUGCUAGUAGACGAAAAUUCGCCAUUUAGUAUAUCAGAAUUCCCAAAAGUAUACAAUUCGCAGGCUGGAGAAGGUCUUUAUUCUGAAUAUUUUAAAGUUUUACCAACUGAAUGGGUAGCUAAUUUUAUACAAACUCGUCAUAAAGAAUCACUUGAAUUAUCAUUUUCACAUAUAAAAGAUUGCGAACUUUUCGCCGAAUUUCACAAUAUUAAUAUAGCAUCUACAGAAUUAAUUAAUAUAGUCGUUAAAAUUCACGAAGCAGAUGAUCUAACGAAAUUCGUAUUCAAUCCAAAAAAAAAUGGAGAAUACGCAUUCAAUUUGUUUGCUUGUGAUAAAACUUCUAAAGAUAGGGUAUUACAUCAUGUAUAUUCAAAACUUAUACUUGUUUCGGAUGAGAGGAGGAUAAGUGUUAACGAUUUUGAAUCUUUAAUUAAUUCACGACACGAAGAGCUAUUUGAUUAUAUGGAAGAUACAAGAUCGGAUACCAUCGCUUUGGAUUGUGAUAAAGCAUUAUUAAUUUCACUUCAAAGAGAAUGCACCUUUCAUUUAUGGACUGAUGAUAAAGUAAAAUUUACCGAAAAUCAAGUUUUAAUCAGUCUUCCUUUAGCUGGAAAUUAUCGGAUAUCUUUCUAUGAAAUUUACAAGAAUAUUAUUAUCUGUAGAAAAACAAUUUAUGUAACAAAAAUUAAGGCCCGAAUAUCGCAAUCGGAGGAGACAAGGUUAAUGAAUGAGUCGAAAGAUUCUUGGAAAAUGGAGAUGAGGAAAGCUCUAACAUCAAGAAAUAAGGAUAAAUUAGUUGAAUGUAUUAGAAGUCAUAAAUUAUCGAAUCCCGAAUGGAGUGACCUAUACUUUAUGGGGAAAAAAUUAUUAAAUAAAUUAGAGAAUAUUGAAAUUUUUAAACAGAAAUUAUUAGAUCUUGACGAAACUUCUAUAGAAGAUAUAAGGAACAUUCGUUCAUUCGAAGAUGAAAAUCAAUUUAAACUAAUCUAUAGUUGCUGUACAGGUUUACUCCUUCUUCUUGGAUAUAAACCUAAAAACUUACAGACGUGGGAAGAAAUUGGUAAUUAUCUGGAGUGGAACAUCCUUAGUAAAAAGAUUGAAUUAUUAGAUAAAAGAGAUAUAAAUGCUGAAUUAGCGGCCAGAAUUCUAAAAAUAAUAUUAAAUGAUAAUUAUAACGUUGAUAAAACUCUAAUAGAUUUUCAUAAUAUGGUAAUAAAUGCUACAGAAAAUCAGCGAAUGUAUGAAACUGUCGAAUCAAUACUCAAUUGGGAUAUGUUUAGGAUGUUGAAUAGCGUUUCCAGACUGAAUAUAUUAUCAAAACACAUCAACGGGAACUUCUCAGUAAGGUUGAAUAGUAAGAAUGUAUCAUCAGAGAAAUCCAAAUAUAAGGCAGUCAUCUUCGACAUGGGUGGCGUUCUUAUUCCAUCUCCAGUCGGAUUAUUCAAAAGCGUUGAAAGCCAACUAAACAUUCCAUCUCAAACUUUUCUAAAAGCUAUUAUUAACGGAGGAGAUGGUGGAGCAUGGGCCAAAUUCGAAAGAGGUGAAAUUCUUCCCGAAGAGUUUACCGAACUAUUUUCAAAAGAAUGUUCAAAAGUGUCAGGAGAAAAGGUUAAUGUCUCUCAGCUGGUAGACUUAUUGACAAGUGAAGCGAACAACUAUCCCAUAUUUCCCGAAAUGAAAGACGCUAUCGAAUGCCUAAGAGCGGAAGGAAUAAAAACAGCUCUCCUUACUAACAACUACCUAAGUAGCCCUGCAACAUCGUAUUGUCCAAUUGACAAAUCACUUUUCGAUGUGGUUGUGGAAUCUUGCGUUGUGAAAAUGAGAAAACCUGAUCCAAACAUAUAUAAAUAUACUCUAGAUCAACUAGAAGUUGAAAGCAAUCAGACUAUAUUUCUAGAUGAUUUGGGUAUGAACUUGAAAUCUGCGAAAUCUUUAGGAAUAAAGACCUUAAGGGUGGAAGAAGAUAAAUCAACAGUUUUGAAACAACUGGAAACGGAAGUUGGAUUUCCAGUUCAAGGCUACGUAGCAGGAACAACAUCAGUUCCAGAGAGAUUAAAAUUGCCAGAAAAGAAACUAAGAAGCUACUUAAAUUGGGUUUUGAAAAUACACUCGAAAGGUGACGAAGAGAUGCCAAUUGUUCGUUGCUUCGCUCAUGGACAAUCGAAUCCUACUUAUUUUAUAAGAUACGCUAAUAAGGAUCUUGUUUUAAGAAAGAAGCCGCCAGGUAAAAUAUUACCAUCUGCUCAUGCCGUUGAACGUGAAUAUAGAAUAAUGAAGGCAUUGAGAGAGCAAGGAAUUCCCGUCCCAAAAGUAUUACAUUUAAUGGAAGAUACGGAGCUAUUAGGUACACCCUUCUACGUAAUGGAGCACGUUCCAGGAAGGGUCUUUAAGGACGUUCUACUUAAAGACCAUAGUCGAGAAGACAGACAGAAAAUUUAUGAGGCCAUGAAUGACGUUUUAUGUAAAAUACAUAAUGUUAAUAUUGACGAUGCUGGUCUUGGAGAUUAUGGAAAAAGAGGAGGUUACAUUAAACGCAACUUUAAUCGUUGGGUUAAACAAUUUGAGGCUGCAAAGACUCAGGAAAUUCCUGCAUUUGAUAAACUAUCAAAGUGGCUAAGUGAGAGAAUGCCAUUAAACGAAGACUGUUGUGUUGUUCAUGGAGACUUCAGAUUGGAUAAUCUUAUAUUCCAUCCUACCAAAUUAGAGGUUGUGGCUGUUAUCGAUUGGGAAUUGUCAACUUUAGGAGAUCCUCUAACUGAUUUAGCAACCAAUUGCACUCCUUACGUCUUUCCUAGGAAUACACCUGAUCUUGCAGGUUUUGGUGAUUUGGACUUUGAGAGUCAUGGAAUCCCAAGAAUAGAAGACUACGUACAAAGCUAUACAAAGAAGAGAAAUAUAAAAGAUAUAGAUAAUUGGGAUUUUUAUAUGGCAUUCUGUUUAUUCAGAUUUACAUCUAUCACUCAAGGAGUAUAUAAAAGAGCUAUCAGCGGACAAGCCAGCUCACCGAAUGCUGAAAAACUUGGAUUAUUUACUGAAAUUUUGGCAGAAUUAGCUUGGUACAUAGCAUCUAAUAGUAAAUUACAACCUACCGCAAUGGCAAAGAACUCUAAGCAGUUAUCCGAAUCCGAAUUCGCUGAAUUGUCCAAAUUCGUUGAUACAGGAUCAGCAAACAGAGAUAUUCUUGGCUCUUUUCCCUUAUCUCCUGCUGCUUUGAGACCUGAAGUCCAAGAUUAUCACAAAAGAGUUCGAAAAUUUAUCAAAGAACAUGUCAUUCCAUUUGAACAAGACUUUAUGGCAUAUCAUUCUCAACCAGAGACGCAAUGGACCAUACAUCCUCGAAUGGAGGAGUUAAAAAGCAUGGCCAAAGCUGAAGGACUUUGGAAUUUGUUUCUACCAGUUGAGAGCGACCCUGAAAAGAAGUACGGAGCUGGAUUGACAAAUGUUGAAUAUGCUUUCCUGUGCGAGGAAAUGGGUAAAAGCCCUUUGGCUCCGGAAGUUUUCAACUGCUCCGCACCUGACACUGGAAAUAUGGAAGUACUUAUACGAUAUGGAUCAGAACAACAGAAGGAAAAAUGGCUAAAACCUUUAUUAGAGGGAAAGAUAAGAUCAUGCUUUGGUAUGACAGAACCAAAAGUUGCUUCUUCUGACGCAACUAAUAUACAAAGUUCCAUAAGACGAGAAAAAGACUGCUAUGUAAUAAACGGCAGGAAAUGGUGGACGUCUGGUGCCAUGGAUCCAAGAUGUAAAGUAUGUGUUUUUAUGGGUAAGACUGAUACGAGUGUCUCACGACACAAACAACAAAGUAUGAUACUUGUACCGAUGGACGCGCCUGGUGUGAAAAUUAUAAGACCUCUGUCAGUGUUCGGUACAACAGACCCUCCACAUGGUCAUGCUGAAAUGGAGUUUGUAAACGUUCGUGUACCGCUUGAAAAUAUGCUUCUUGGUGAGGGAAGAGGAUUCGAAAUUGCUCAAGGAAGACUUGGUCCAGGCAGAAUUCACCACUGUAUGAGACUAAUUGGGGCUUGCGAAAGAAGUUUAGAAAUGAUGAUCGAUAGAGUUCAAAAAAGAGUAACAUUUGGUAAGCCUAUCGCUGCUCACGGCACCGUACAAGCCGAUAUUGCAAACAGUCGUAUAGAAAUCGAACAGUGUCGAUUACUAACACUCAAGGCUGCUCAUAUGAUGGACACCGUCGGCAACAAGGUUGCCGCACCAGAAAUUGCCAUGAUUAAGAUAGCUGCACCAAACAUGGCCCAGGUUGUUAUUGAUAGAGCUAUCCAAGCAUUUGGUGGAGCAGGAUUUAACUACGAUACACCAUUGCCAGCAUUCUUCGCCUGGGCUAGAGUUCUUCGAGUAGCAGAUGGACCAGACGAAGUUCAUAGGAGAUCACUUGCCAAGAUGGAAAUUAGAAGAUCGAAUUUAUCUAAACUGUGA